AUGGUGAAUCAAUUGGAAAGAAUUUCACAAAUGAGACAAAGUCACGACUCUUUAUUGAUGAAUCUUGAGGAUAUUUCGCCUAGGACACCUAAAAGUGCUACCACAAAGAAGAAAAAGAAGGAAAAACUGUCAAAUGUCCAAUCCAAAGUGUUUCAAUAUAAGAGCUGUGGAACAAUGACUACCAUGAAAUUUAUUCCCAAGUCUUUGAAUGGAAAUUAUCAAUUCUCCAAUCAAAUAUUGCUAGGAGGAGAUGUAGAUGGUUGUAUUCAACUUUACAAAAUUCCAGAUGAUUAUUCCAUUGUAAACUCUAGCUCAACAAAUUUCACACUCACUUCACCAACUCUCAUUCCACUUCCUUCACGACCUUUUAUCAAUAGAAUUUGUACAACCAGUGAUGGACAUUGUUAUGUUGCCUCAGACGAUUCCACACUAUUCUGUUAUGACCUUUCACAACACAAUUCGAAACAAAUUAUUGGACCACAAUUGACUUUCAAUGAACAUGUCAAUUACAUUACAGAUGUUAAAACUAAUUGGAGGGAGAAUUUAAUUGCCUCAACUUCCCUUGAUAAGACUUUGAAAAUUUGGUCUAAUCAAUUGAGUCGACCAAUAUAUAGCGUGAAUUUGAAAGAGUUUGUUCAUUCGUGCUGUUGGAUGCCAAACUCUGAAUUUUCAUUAUUCACAUCUUCAUCUAAGGAUUCGAUUAUUACUGAUCUUCCGUGUUCUAUCAAGUGGUGGGACAUUAGAAAAAUGUCGAAUUAUGUUACUGAGAUUAUUCAAAACGAUAAUUUGGUAGAAUUUCAAGCUGAUUUGGCAUAUUCAUUAGAAGAUGAUGAUGAAUGUGAUACCAACUCUAAUAGUCAAUAUUCUUCAAAUACUUUAUUUGGAAAUUGGACAAAUAAUUCUCAGAAAAGAAAAUUUCCAAAACAAGAACCAGAAUUUACUUUUGGAAGCGAAGCAUGCAUUACAAGUGAAAAUUCAUAUUUCGAUAGCAAGUCCCAACGUUAUAUUGAACCUUUCAUUUCACAUUGUAAAUCACAGGAAAAGAUUUUCGAUUUACAUUGUUUACAAAAUUCUAGAAACGAACCAAUUCUCAUUUCAACUUCCCAACUUGGAAGUAAAUUGUGGAAUUUAGGAAAUAAUUGUAAGCCAACAGGUAUUUCAUCACUAAUUCACAAAUAUUCAUCAAAUCCAUGUAUGGAUACUCAAAUAGUUCCAGCAUUUUAUGGAAAUGACAUGAUGCUCACUGGUUGUAGAGAUGGACAUUUGUACAUGUGGAAUUCCAUUCACUCCAUUGAGAAUUCUAACAAGAAAACUAACUAUUCUCACAAAUUUGAAAAGAUUCAUCCCAGUUCUAUUCGAUCCUUGGCCAUUUCGGAUACUUUAUUGGCAUCGAGUGAUCAAUUUGGAAAUCUCUGUAUUGUCUCCUUGUUAGAUGACACCACCGAGAAUGUUAAUAGUAUUGGAGAAGGUUGUUCUGCAGACGAUCAAGCACAUCAUAAUACUUCAUUCGAUCAAAUUUCUCUCAAUUCUUCAUUUGACAGUUGUUCAACUUCCUUAAUAUUCGAUUCUUCCAUAUUCGAUAUCAUUGAAAGAACAAAAAAUAGUCAAAUUGAAUUAGAGAAUUUACUUUCGAAUAAUCCAUCCUCUUCCAAUGCGUACAUGGAUGUUGAUUUGCCGCCUUCCACACCAAAAACGAAAUCCAAGAGAAAGAGUUCAACACAGUCCUCCAGUUCACUAUCCAAAAAGAAGAAAGAUUAA